AUGUCUAAUCUAUCAAUUCGAAUGAUUAAUUUACAUACAUUUUCACUUGUUCAAACAUUUUUCUCAAUGUUAACAAUUGAAUGGACAGUUUUUGAAAUAUUGACAUCUUCGAAUGUUAUGCCUGUUCUUCGACGUGCUAAUGUAUCUCUGUUUAUUAAUAUUAAUGAUUUAAAUUGUAUUAGCUCAUCAGGAAUCUUUACUGAUCAUCGUCAUGUUGAUGUUCAUUUUGCAUUUAAUCUUCUGAAUUGUUCUCCAUAUACCAAAGUAACACCAUGUAUACCACGUGGAAAUCGUUUUCAUUCACGAGAAAUUGUUGGUGCAACAUUCGUUGUUAAUCACUGGUCUCCCAGAUCAGAAUGGCUCAUUGAUAGCGAUCCUUUUAGUCGUGGACUUCAUUAUUACCAUCAUAUGUGGUAUACUCUUCCAUGGACAUUUGAUGAAUUCUUUCACGAAUAUAUUCCAUAUAGAUGGAUUACCAAAGUACAAGUGUUUGAAAUACCUUCUCACAAUACUACGGCAAUGGCUCAAUUAUCUCUUCGUACAUCAGAUGCAGCGGGUCAAACUUUGCCAUCACCUAUAUUCUUGUUACCUCAUGUGGCAUUAUCCAAUUAUAUUGAAACACUGCACUUGUCCUAUUAUAAUAGACCUAUUAAUAUACAUUUAUCCGCUCUUCGCCAUGCAACAUCAUCGUUGAGAGAUUUUGGUUUUUACUUUCGACGAAAAUUCAGCUCAUUAGAUGAUGAUAUGAAAACUACAUUUGAAGAUCAUACAAAAUUUAUUAAACAGUUAUGUGAUCAAAUACUCCUAUUAUGUCUUGAUAAACAACUUCAUUAUUCAAUCGAAGAUGAUGGUUGUGGACUCACAAUGUGGUUCUAA